CAUCACUGAAUCCUAUUGCCCGAAUCGACAGGCGAGCUCGGGGCUGAUUUGGUAAAAGUCUAACGCCUCGCAGAGCCACAGAGCCUUUGUCUCGAAUCUUCAAUCUUGGCGACGCUGCCUACCGCCUGCAUAUCCGUGCUCCUCCGCCAUUCGCUUGUCUCCCGUGUAGCCUAAACCGAGUCACGCAUGUUCGACGAAGCUAGUACGAGGAGUGAUUGAACUUAGUAGUCAAUAAUACAAUACUUUAACUCCACCGCCAGCCAUGGCUCCCCCGUCAGAAGAAAGUAACGCCCACCGGCGUGUUAGUAAGAAGCUUCAGAAGAGGCGUAAAGAGGAACACCAGCCAACUAUGGAGCUUCCCGACCGCCUUAAAGAUCACGGUGACGAUGUGGAUGAAGAUGUCCUACCUCCCACGCAAGGACCCCAGAUGUUCAUGAAUAUGAACCAGUCGAUAUUCGGCUUGAUUGCGGCUGCUGGUUCGAGCGUAGACUUUAACGACCGAUUUGAAGGACAAUCUAGUGACGAAGACGAGGAUACCGACCAGGUUGAUAGGCUAAGGAAGGGUAAAGAAAGAGAACAACUAGCGCAGACCGUGGUGUUGAAGAAGGGCUCGUCGGAAAGAGAGAAGGGCGAGAAGCAACGAAGAAGAAUUUCGGGCCAUCUUUUGCGCUCGUUGCCACAACUGCCGCGUCUCGCAACAAGGUCUAGAUUCAAGCAGUCAAAGUCGUCGGGCGCGCAACCUAGCGAUCCGAACGCUGACGGCCAAAGCUCACCGACUGUGGACCCGCUCUCUCCCACGAUUGACGCCGCAGAGGCUGAACAAGAAGGAGGACGACUUGCACCGGUGAUGAGUCGGAUGCUAGAAGCGAGGGUGGAAAUGUCGUCUAGGCAAAGUUUUGACCUCGAAAGAUUGUCGGGGGAUCAUCGUAGAGCUGAUGCUGACGAUGCUGGGCCGAGCUUACUGGCACGCAAGCUGAAGCAAAUAUUUGAGUUUGACGAACCUGAAGAAGUAAUUGAAGAGUAUCCUUGUUGGUUAUUGCAAAGCGUGCUGCUACAAGGUUACAUGUACAUAACGGCGAAGCACAUCUGCUUUUAUGCUUAUCUACCGAAGAAAGCUCACGAGGUUGCCAAGUCAGGAUAUCUGUCAAAGAGCGGCAAAAGAAACCCCAAGUAUAGUCGUUACUGGUUUCGCCUAAAGGGGGACGUGUUGGCCUACUAUAAAGACCCGUCUAACCUCUACUUCCCACACGGCCAGAUUGAUCUAAGCUAUGCUAUCUCGGCAAGCGUGGACGAGAAAGAAAAAGACGGCUUAUCCUUCUCCGUUGUCACAAAUCACCGCACCUAUCACCUUAGAGCUGACAGCGCUCCGAGUGCUAAAGAAUGGGUCAAAAGUCUACAACGGGUCAUAUUCAGGUCUCACAAUGACGGAGAUAGUGUCAAGAUCUCCUUGCCCAUCGAGAAUGUUAUCGAUGUUGAAGAUAGCCAGAUGAUUGAGUUCGCUGACACAUGUAAGAUUCGUGUUAUUGACAAUGAUGAGACAUAUGCCAUCGACGAGUACUUCUUCUCUUUUUUCAGCUUCAGCAAGGAAGCGAUCAACGUACUCAAGAUUCUAGUCGAUAAUGCGUCGAAGAAAGACUCUAGCGUUGCAGAAUCGAGUCCUUCCCGGAAAUCGGCACAAGAGGCGCAACCUAGGAAUAGCUCCGUAAGCAUCAAGCGGGCCAAGGGUCUUCCUCCGCUCGAUAUCAGAUCGCCGAAGAUUCGUGAGAAUGUACGGGCAACGUUAGUUCCCAUGUCGCCUCAUAGCCCGCGAGAACUGAGCCCCCGCGCUAGUGGUGAUGUGCCUCGUGGUAGCUUCGACGCGUUUCGCCAACUCGGGCGGCGAAGCCUUGAUCUGGAUGCUUUGACGCGAGAUGCGUCGCCUCGUCGAAGUUUCAGUGCUAGCAGGUCGUUGAGCAAACAUCGUAGGCAUGACAAUGCGACGCAGCAGGACAAGAUGGAAUCUUCCGACUCUUACGUGCAUUCGAUUGAGGACCCAAGCACGUCCGCUAUGGCAUCGUCCUCAAACGAGGAUCCUUCGGGAAGCCAGAUUCUGCGAGGCAGCGAGGUAUUUCAUAGGCCUACCAUCCGGCGCUCUAUCUCGGUCUCGCGCACUUCGCCGCGUGAUAGGUCGUCUGGGACAAGUCGCUUGCGCGAGACGUCGGACGAAUCGUUGCCGUAUGUUAAGCACCACGCUGCUACGACGGGUCAUGUGAACGAUCUCGGAGCUGAUGAGAAGCUUGAUCAAGCGUCUUCAACCUCUCCAGGCCUCCAGAAAAUAGCAAACAUGGGCGCUUACCCAUUGCAGCGUGCGGGUUUAUUUGCUAACUACUUGAAUAAAACUAGCCGUCACAUGAGCAAUUUGUUGGCUACCGAAUCGAUGGGAUAUGUAGAAAAGGUAUCCGGCAUGUGGAAAGGAGGGCGCAAGCAUUACCACGAAACUCCCGCCCUCAAGCCUGAAGACGGUGAAUUGGACGACGACGACGGCGUUGACAUGGACCGAUUCCGCGCACAUUUCGCCCUACCAGAAACCGAGAAACUCCAGGCAACUUAUUACGGCUACAUCGUCCGCGUUUUGCCCCUUUACGGAAAAGUCUACAUAAGCGACCGACACUUUUGCUUCCGCAGUUUGCUGCUCGGGACCCGAACAAAAUUGAUUCUUCCUCUGAAGGAUAUCGAAACGGCCGAGAAGGAGAAAGGUUUCCGAUUUGGUUAUUCCGGCCUGGUAGUCGUCAUUCGUGGUCACGAAGAGCUAUUCUUCGAGUUCAACAAAGCCGAGAUACGCGACGACUGCACAGUUACCCUUUUACGGAACCUUGAGACGACGCGCUAUCUCCGGGAAAUCGGCAAGUUAGACCAGGAAGACCAAGAAGACGUAGACGAAGCGAUGGCGGAACGUGACGCGCUCCACGAAGCGCGACUUCAGGAUAAUAACGAGCACGAGCUCAAGAUGCCUCACGAGACUUCUUGUCUCAACGAUUCCUCCCCUACGAUUCUUUUCGAUGAUCCCAAGGCGUCAUUCCUCAACUUCAAGCCAUCCGAACCCAUGAGUGUCACCUGUUUGACGAUUGGCUCGAGAGGUGACGUUCAACCUUACAUCGCAUUAUGUAAGGGGUUGAUGGCCGAGGGCCACAAGGUUCGGAUAGCUACGCAUGCUGAGUUCAAGAAUUGGAUCGAGGGGCACGGCAUAGAGUUCUCGCCCGUCUCUGGCGAUCCUAGCGAACUCAUGCGCAUAUGUAUCCAGAACGGUACGUUCACUUGGGCGUUCUUGAAAGAGGCCAACUCGAAAUUCCGGGGCUGGCUGGAUGAUCUCCUUGCGUCCGCCUACGAAGCAUGUAAAGAUUCGGAUCUCCUGAUUGAGAGUCCUAGCGCCAUGGCCGGCAUACAUAUCGCAGAGGCGUUAGGUAUUCCUUACUUCCGAGCUUUCACGAUGCCGUGGACCCGCACACGGGCCUAUCCGCACGCCUUCGUCAUGCCCGAACACAAGAUGGGUGGUGCCUACAACUAUGUCACGUAUGUCAUGUUCGACAACGUAUUCUGGAAAGCGACGGCGCACCAGAUUAACCGUUGGCGGAAUAAUAUUCUUAAUUUACCCAACACCAACUUGGAGAAGCUGCAGCCAAACAAGGUACCUUUCCUCUAUAACUUCUCUCCGGCAGUCGUAGCACCUCCGCUUGACUACAGCGAUUGGAUUCGCGUAACUGGGUACUGGUUCUUGGAUGAAGGCACCGAAUGGACCCCGCCUGAUGAUCUUAUGAAUUUCAUCCAGCAGGCGCGCAAGGACGAGAAGAAGUUGGUUUAUGUCGGUUUCGGCUCGAUCAUAGUGCCUGACCCGGCAAAGAUGACGCAAGAGGUUAUCGACGCGGUGCUGAAGGCUGACGUUCGCUGCGUGCUAUCCAAGGGUUGGUCUGACCGUAUCGGCAAUAAGGACGCGGCCACUCCGGAGCAAGAAUUCCCUCCCGAGAUAUUCCAGAUAAAGAGCGCGCCCCACGACUGGUUGUUCGCUCAGAUGGACGCCGCCGCUCAUCAUGGCGGCUCGGGGACGACGGGUGCUAGCUUACGUGCUGGUAUACCUACAAUCAUCCGCCCUUUCUUCGGCGACCAGUUCUUCUUCGGUAGCCGAGUCGAGGAUCUAGGGGUCGGCAUCUGCUUGAAGAAAUGGGGCGCGAACAGCUUCGCGAGGGCCUUGUGGGAAACGACGCACAGCGAACGAAUGAUCGUCAAAGCUCGGGUACUAGGAGAGACCAUUCGAAGGGAAAAUGGUGUCGACACGGCAAUUCAAUGCAUUUAUCGAGACCUCGAAUAUGCCAAGAGUCUGAUCAAAUCCAAGGCUGGCAAGAACGCGGCUACAGCAAGCAGCCCCGACGGAACCACAGUUGAUGACUCGGAAGAGGAGAGCUGGACGUUCGUCGGCGGAGACGAAGGUGACCCGGAGCUUGUCGUUAAGAAAAGCGCGCUCUCCCAGAUGGAAGCUAAUAUGGCCGGAGCACCAGGUGUGAUGUCGAUGGGUACGAAACUAACCGGGGGUAAGGGAACGAGUGUAAGCACCGCAUCGACCACGACGGGUUCUUAGGGGGAUACCUGUACGGUCGGCUAGUGUCUUGGCCUUUGGGUCGG